CGGGGCUGGACCGGGCAGGGCCUGUGGUGGGCGGGCAGUCACAGGACGGCACAGUCUGGCAGCUCAUGUCAGCGGCAGACUAGGCCGCGGUGAGGCCUCGGCCUCGAUUUUCAGCGCAACCGAGGAAUGGGUCUCUUCCUGCUGUGUGCCGGGAGGCGUCCUGCCGGUCUGUCCGGAGCCUGGCGGCUUGUGGCCAGAACCGGGAUAAGAAACAGCAGCAGCUCCGGAGGUUUACUGCAGACGUUGCUGUGCAGGAGAGUGACCCCGAUCUCUCACGGGGUCACAGGAUUCCUAAUAAGACAUCACGUUUUUCGGAACCCGGCUCAGCUCUGGAGGCUGAUAGGUGGCAUCCAUUACUUCAGUACCUCUGCUGCCAGGAGCAAAAACCAUCAAAACGACCAGAAAGAAGAUCCUGAUAAGAGAAACCAAAAAGAAAACGAUGAUGAGGAGAAGAAUAAGGAAUACCUCUUGUCGGUCUACCGAAUAUUCACCGUCUCCAUACUCGCUCUGGGCAUAUACUUUAUGACCACCUUUAACACCAUCUAUGUCUCCUGGAAUGAGUUUGUGAAUGAAAUGCUGGCCAAGGGUGAAGUGAAGCGAGUGGAGGUUGUGCCCGAGAGCGAUUUUGUCCAGAUAUUUCUGCAUGAAGAGGCCGUGGUGCUGGGACGACCGGCCCGGACUCUGUUCUACAGAAUGAAAGUGGCGAACAUUGACAAGUUUGAGGAAAGGCUGCGUGCGGCGGAGGACUCUCUGAAUAUCGCUCUGACCGACCGUGUUCCUCUCUCUUACAAGCGCAGCGACUUUCUUGGAAAUGCUGUGUACACCGUCGCAUUCACGGCUCUCGCCAUUGGCCUCAUUGUCUACUUUUUCCGUCUGAUCGGGCUGACGGGACGUCAAGGAGGCUUCAGUGCUUUUAAUCAGCUGAAGACGGCUCGUUUUACCAUUGUAGAUGGAGCAUCAGGAAAAGGAAUCAGCUUUAAGGAUGUCGCUGGGAUGCACGAGGCCAAGAUGGAAGUGAAGGAAUUUGUGGAUUACUUGAAGAACCCAGAACGCUACCUUCAUCUAGGAGCAAAGGUACCUAAAGGGGCAUUACUUCUUGGGCCUCCGGGCUGUGGAAAGACCCUGCUGGCAAAGGCUGUAGCCACAGAAGCUCAGGUGCCAUUCCUGGCCAUAGCUGGCUCAGAGUUUGUGGAAGUGAUCGGAGGUUUAGGCGCAGCACGUAUGCGCAGUCUCUUUAAGGAAGCCCGGAUCCGUGCUCCUUGCAUCGUGUACAUCGAUGAAAUUGAUGCUGUUGGCAAAAAGCGAUCUUCUAACAUGUCUACGUUUUCAAACACUGAAGAGGAGCAGACCCUGAACCAGCUGCUGGUAGAGAUGGAUGGGAUGGGCACCACGGAUCAUGUCAUCGUACUGGCCUCCACCAACAGAGCGGACGUAUUAGACAAUGCUCUAAUGAGGCCUGGAAGACUGGAUAGACACAUUUUCAUUGAUCUGCCCACAUUACAGGAGAGAAAGGAGAUUUUUGAGCAGCAUAUGAAAAGCUUGAAACUGACGCAGCCUGGAGCAUAAUCUCUGCGGCUGGCCGAGCUCACUCCUGGAUUCAGUGGGGCAGAUAUCGCUAACCUCUGCAAUGAGGCGGCUUUGCAUGCAGCACGUGAAGGCCACCAGUCCAUAGACACCCUGAACUUUGAGUAUGCUGUGGAGAGGGUUAUUGCAGGGACGGUCAAGAAGAGUAAGAUCAUGUCAAAGGAGGAGAGGCGUGUAGUGGCUUAUCAUGAAUCUGGACACUGUUUAGUAGGAUGGCUGCUGGAACACACAGAAGCUGUAAUGAAGGUCUCCAUUGCCCCUAGGACAAAUGCAGCAUUGGGAUUUACUCAGAUUUUACCAAGGGACCAGUAUCUAUACACCAAGGAGCAGCUGUGUGAGAGGAUGUGCAUGGCACUAGGUGGCAGGGUGGCAGAGGCAAUAACUUUCAACAAGGUCACCACAGGAGCUCAGGAUGAUCUGCGGAAGGUGACCCGGGUAGCGUACAAUAUGGUGAAACAAUACGGCAUGGUACCCAGCAUUGGGCAAGUGUCCUUUCCAGACAGUGACACGUCGACUGGCAUUGGGAGAAGACCCUUCAGUCAAGGAUUACAGGAAUUGAUGGAUUAUGAAGCUCAGCAGCUCGUAGCUAAAGCUUACAAACAAACGACAGUAUUGCUGGAAAACCAGGACAAACUGCAAAUGCUGGCCAGUGCCCUCUUGGAAAGGGAAGUGAUAAACUAUAAUGACAUUGAAGCACUUAUCGGCCCCCCUCCUCAUGGGCCAAAGAAAAUGAUCACCCCGCAGAGCUGGGUUGAAGCUGAGCGGGAUAAACAAGACACUGGAGAAGAUGAACCUCGCAGACCACCGCCUCGGAAAGAUGAGGAGAAGAAAGAUGAACCCAAUAUGACACCUGCCUAAGAGAAGUGACUGCUACAACCACCCUGGAAGGAGCCCUUCACAGGAGCACAAGUCUCACAUGCCUGUUCUGUCCUGGCGUAGAAUGGACAGCAUGUGGACUGAACAAUGACACAUUAACGUCAGUGGGUCAAUGCACAUGACCAAUUACCUUCACAGAGAGAAAAUCGCAGCAUGCACUAUUUUGGUCAGAUCUUCACGCUAGACUCGUUUAUUCAAGUGGGGGGGGGGGGGGAAUGUAAAAGUAAAAAAAAAUAUGCAAAUGGAUGCAAUCCAUAGGUGAUCUGUCAUUCACGGAUGGUUUCUAGUAACCUGGGUGUGUAUUUCUUAAUUUUUUUGACAGGCGU